AUGGCAAAAGUUGAAAUUGUUUUUCCAAUUGAAAAAAACAAAACGCGAAUUUCGAAAUGGAAAACGGAUUCGCGAAUUGAAUUGAAUAAGAAGGAAUUUGAGGAUUGGAUUGGAUUGAUAUUGGAUGGGAAUUUGAUGGUGUAUUGGUUUGGAUAG